CAUGCUAAGAAAUUGUACACCUUAUCACAUUAUCAAUCCUUAUUCGGUCGGCACAUUAAUUUGUUACUCAUAUUUUAUAAUGUUCCAACGGUCUUUUAAAUAUUAUAAAGCGAAAUGUACUACACCAGAUCUAAACAAUGUUAUUGAUUUUGAUUGCUGUAGCAAUGAGGUUACGGUUACAGAACAACGGAUAUUACAAAAAAAAAUGCGUAUCUAUUGGACUAUGCUUGGUGUCUCCGGCCUUUUGAAGUUGUGAUAGAAUGACCUGGUCCGGACCUGGCGAUUUAAACAGGUUGAAGCGUUUAGUGCCCAGCUAAUAUUCCAUUCUUUCGAACAACAUUCAAAUAUCUCCAACAAAAACAAUAUUCUGAUGGUUGCUGGGCUAAAACCGCUAAAUGAUUGGCGUUCUUAUACUCUUGAUAAUCAUCCGGGGUUAUUGGUAAUACGAAACCCGUUUACAGAACGAGGUCAGCGUUAUUGGAUUGCUCGCUGUCUGCGAGACUAUCCGAGAACACCAAACAAGGUUAAUUUAAAUGAAAGACUGUUCCCGGAUUCAGCUAGAUCUGACUGGUGGAAAGAGCUUCAUCAAUGUGCCAAUAUCAUUGAGAUGCAGCGACUAAAAUUUGCGAUGCGUUGGACAACAUUUGGUUAUCAUCAUAAUUGGGACACCAAGAUUUACGACGAGUCUAUGCGUUCACCAUUUCCAACUGAUCUGAAAAGCAUGUGUACUUUUUUUUCAUCUAUUUUGGGCUUCAAUAAUUUUAAGCCCGAAGCUGCUAUUGUCAAUUACUACCCAAUUGGCACGAGUUUAUCUGGUCACACAGAUCAUUCUGAACCUAAUCAUUCUGCUCCACUGUUUUCUUUUAGCUUUGGACAGACUGCAAUAUUUCUCAUCGGUGGAAAAACUAACGAUGAAAUACCAACCGCAUUGUACAUCCACAGUGGUGACGUUUUAAUAAUGUCAGACGAAUCCCGUCUCUGCCAUCACGCAGUGCCACGUAUUAUCAAAACAAAAGUAUCUUGGACUUCGGAACUGCCAAUUGAAAACAUCGAAACUGAAAUAAUCGGAAAAAACUUAUUGGAUAAUAUCUUGUAUCAGAAAGUGGGCGACUGGAAUUUCUGGAAACCGUUUUCUCGUUAUCUAGAUGAUUCACGAAUUAAUAUUAAUGUACGACAAGUGCUCAAACCAGGCGAUAGUACCCUGUCACAAAAUAAUACUACCUUGUAAUAUAAAUUGAAUAUAAUAUAUUUAAAUGCUUGCAGA